AUGUCUCCUUUUCCUCUGCUACACCCCAAGGCUCCCACAGCAGGAGUGAACAGGAUGGAAGCCAGUAAUGUAGUUGCAGGGAUCAUCUUGUUAUCACAGACUGUGGCUGGCAUUCUGGGAAAUUCCUUUCUCCUCUACCAUUAUCUGACACUUUACUUCACAGGAUACAGUUUGAAGAGCACAGAUGUGAUUCUACAGCAUUUGAAUGUAGCCAACUUCUUAACUCUUCUGUGUAGAGGAGUUCCCCAGACAUUGGCAGCUUUUGGUUUGCAAGAUUUCCUUGGAGAUUUGGGGUGCAAACUAAUUUUCUAUUUCCACAGAGUAGGUAGAGGUAUGUCACUCUGCAGCACCUGCCUCUUGAGCAUCUUCCAGGCCAUUGGCAUUAGGGCCAGAGGCCACAUGUGGGCAGAACUUAAAACCAAAACUCAAAAUUACACUGACUCUUUCAUAUAUCUCAGCUGGAUCCUACACCUCUUUGGAAAUAUACCUAUUCUGAAGAGCCUAAGUGGAAAUCAAGUCACCAAAAAUAUGACUGGCCUGAAAGAUUAUGGAUAUUGUUUUUCUGCUCGUCUUGACAAAAUUGCUGAAAUACUGAUUGCAGCAUUCAUGUCAUUCUCUGACGUUGUGUGCAUGGGCAUCAUGCUGUGGGCCAGCAGCUCCAUCGUCCUCCUCCUGUAUAGACAUAAGCAGAGAAUGCAGCACGUGCUCAGGACAACUGUCUGCCCCAGACCCUCCCCUGAGUCCAGAGCUACUAAAACUGUCCUUCUCCUGGUGAGCACGUUUGUCUUCUUUUACACGCUUUCUUGUGUCUUCCAACUUUGGUUCACUCUAGUUUACAGUCCAAGCUUAUACUUGCAGAACACAGCAGUAGUGUUUGCUGGAUGCUUCCCGACAGUCAGCCCCUUUCUGCUUCUGAGUCAUGACUCCAGAUCAUAUAGACUCUGUUUUAGGUGGUUAAAAGAUGGUAAAUCCCCCUAG